AUGCCUUCCUUGUUAACCUUAAUCUAUAUUUUACUUUAUUUAUUUCUUUUAUCCUUUUCGAAUGCUUCUUUACCUUCAUCAUACCCAUCAAUUUAUGAUUACUGUCCGGAAGGCAAAGAAAGAAUUUUUGAUCUUACUCUCAGUAAAGGAACUAUGGCUCCUGAUGGUUUUACACGAGAUAUGUUACUCAUAAAUGGUCAAUUUCCUGGUCCUCUUAUUAGCGCCUAUAAAGGUGACACGAUAGUGUUGAAUGUUAAAAAUGAGUUGGAUGAAGAUACUUCAAUUCAUUCUCAUGGAAUGUUCCAACGCGGAACUCCUUGGUAUGAUGGUGUCCCUGGACAAACUGAAUGUGGAAUUCCUGCGGCUAAAUUAUUAACUCCUGAGAGUCAAGGGUUUGGUCCAAUUCCUGAUAGUGGAUUGAUUAAUGGAAAGGGUACUUUUAACUGUUCGUCGGCUCCGCCUGGUAGUCAUUGUGUUAGUGAUGCUCCAUUAGAACAUUCGCUUCCUACUUUUAUUUUCUCGAUCGAUGGACAUGAAUUGGAAGUAAUUGAAGUUGAAGGGAUGGCGAUUAAACCUUACAAAGUUAAUCGUCUUCCUAUUAAUGUUGCUCAACGUUAUUCAGUCAUUGUGAAGGCCAAUAAACCGGUGGAUUCGUAUUGGAUGCGAGCCGAAAUGCAAACUGUUUGUUUUCCUAUCCAAAAUCCCGUCCUCAAUCCUAUGGUAAAAGCUAUCGUUACAUAUGAAGGAAGUGCAAAAGAAACUCCAGUAUCAACUGCAUGGAAUGAUAAAGUUACAGAUUGUGUAGAUUUGGACUAUAAGGAACUAGUUCCUUACCAUGAAGAAUACGUUCCUGAAGCUGAUACUACAAUAAAUGUAUUUGUUAAUUUCCGUCGGGAUGAAAAGAAUAUCACUAUGGGAUAUGUAAACAAUUCAACUUAUGUAGCAGACAUGAAAUAUCCUACAAUUGGCAAAGUUUUUAAUGGUGUGACGCAGUUUGCACUUAAUGAUAAUGCUUUCGUAAUUGAACAAACUCAAGUUGUAGAUGUUCUUAUAUUAA